UGGACAGAGGGGUGGCGGUGGACGUGGUAUACUUGGACAGAGGGGUGGCGGUGGACAUGGUAUACUUGGACAGAGGGGUGGCGGUAGACGUGGUAUACUUGGACAGAGGGGUGGCGGUGGACAUGGUAUACUUGGACAGAGGGAGUGGCGGUGGACAUGGUAUACUUGGACAGAGGGGUGGCGGUGGACAUAGUAUACUUGGACAGAGGAGUGGCUGUGGACGUGGUAUACUUGGACAGAGGGGUGGCGGUGGACGUGGUAUACUUGGACAGAGGGAUGGCGGUGUGACAUGGUAUACUUGGACAGAGGGGUGGCGGUGGACGUGGUAUACUUGGACAGAGGGGUGGCGGUGGACAUAGUAUACUUGGACAGAGGAGUGGCGGUAGACGUGGUAUACUUGGACAGAGGGGGUGGCGGUGGACAUGGUAUACUUGGACAGAGGGUGGCGGUGGACAUGGUAUACUUGGACAGAGGGUGUGGCGGUGGACGUGGUAUACUUGGACAGAGGGGUGGCUGUGGACGUGGUAUACUUGGACAGAGGGAUGGCGGUGGACAUGGUAUACUUGGACAGAGGGGUGGCGGUGGACGUGGUAUACUUGGACAGAGGGGAGGCGGUGGACAUAGUAUACUUGGACAGAGGAGUGGCGGUAGACGUGGUAUACUUGGACAGAGGGGUGGCGGUGGACAUGGUAUACUUGGAACAGAGGGGUGGCGGAGGACGUGGUAUACAUGGACAGAGGGGUGGCGGUGGACGUGGUAUACUUGGACAGAGGGGUGGCUUUGGACAUGGUAUACUUGAACAGAGGGGUGGCGGAGGACGUGGUAUACAUGGACAGAGGGGUGGCGGUGGACGUGGUAUA